UGACUUCACUUGAGGAUUUUGUACUUGGGGUGGGAGCUGUUUGUGUUAUAUUUGGUAAGCAGAUGGCAGUUCUCUGAAUCUAUAAAAUCUGUCUAUCUGGGUAGACUCUGUUUGGGAUUUAUAACAUCAAUUUUUAGUUCAAGAUGGAAAUCCUGAGCUCACUCCCUGUGAGGACUUGGCCAGGUGACUUGAGGGAAAUCUUGCUCUGCUUAAUCAAACUCAGUCAGAAAUCACCUUUGUUGUAUCCAGAGUAUAUUCCUCUGGCUUCUGAUGUAAAUAAAGACAGCGGCAAGUAUAGUACAUGAAAUUCGUGGGACCUUAGGGUCAGAAUGUCCUGCUGGUGUGGGAAUAAGUUGAAAAGAGAUAGUUUAAACCUUACAAUUUAAAAAUCUCUUAAGCUUUUGUUGACACCCUUUUUCUUCUAAAAGUUGAGUGCAAAAAAGCAUUCGUGUCAUUUGGACUCUGCUGGCUGCAGACACGUGUUCUGGUUCUUGGAGUGAGCCUCGGGUCCUCAGGAGGGUGAGGCCAGACCAGCUGCUCUGCUGCAAGAGCCAGGAAUGGGUGCUGUUCAAGGCCAUGCUGCUUGUGUGUCCCCAGCUCCUCUUGGAAAUGGAAGGGUUGUCUGGUUGUUAGGACUGGGUGGCCGAAUGGGUAGAAAUUCAACAAAACUGUCCUUGUUUUGUCCCCUCAGGCUCCUGGGUGGAACUGCAUUUUAGCAGUAAUGGGAACGGGAGCAGUGUGCCAGCCUCUGUUUCUAUUUAUAAUGGUGACAUGGAGAAAAUCCUGCUGGAUGCCCAGCAUGAGUCUGGACGGAGCAGCUCCAAGAGUUCUCACUGCGACAGCCCGCCUCGCUCACAGACCCCGCAAGAUACGAACCGAGCGUCUGAGACAGACAGCCAUAGCAUUGGAGAAAAGAACAGCUCUCAGUCUGAGGAAGAUUACAUUGAGAGAAGGAAAGAAGUUGAAAGCAUCCUAAAGAAAAACUCAGACUGGAUUUGGGACUGGUCAAGUCGGCCGGAAAACAUUCCCCCCAAGGAGUUCCUGUUCAGGCAUCCGAAGCGCACGGCCACCCUCAGCAUGAGGAACACGAGUGUCAUGAAGAAGGGGGGUGUCUUUUCGGCUGAGUUUCUCAAAGUCUUCCUUCCGUCUCUGCUGCUCUCGCACCUGCUGGCCAUUGGGUUGGGGAUCUACAUUGGGCGGCGGCUGACCACCUCCACCAGCACCUUCUGAUGAGGAAUUGGAAUUGGCUUUUCACAAAGGAGUGGGAUUCAUACUGGAGCUUGCGACGUGGCUCACUGAGGCGCUGUCCUGCCUUGGUGGCUGGAUGCGGUGUUGAUUUGUUCUGUAAAUGCUGUGUGCCCGAUUUAGUGAGACGUGGAUAGACACUGAAACCACACUAACCUAGAACCAACCGUACCUGUGGGAUCAAUGAGCAUGUCAUACUAAUACUACUGGAAUAAUGUAACUUUUCUUUGAUAUUAUAAAUACCUGAGUAUAAAUAAGGAUAAAUAAUUUUACCAUGCUAGUCAUGAUGUAUGUAGUAUUUUAAUAAAAAUUACCUGUAACCUUAAUUCAGUUAAAAUUCUCCCUAUUUCGAAAGAAUGAAUGAUGUUUUUCAAGUGACUCCAUAAAGGGUUUAUCCCAAAUAAACAUGUGGCCUUACAUUGACACCGUUGUAGGACUUCAGUACAGGAUGCAGGUGUCUCCUGAAGACCACGCUUCAGUGCUAGUUUUCUGAGUCAUGUGUUGAUAGGGUCUGGGGCACAUGUUGGGCCCUGUGCAGCGCAGAUACUGGCCUGCGUGCGGGGCAGGGUCUGUGACUAGUGACCACGUGGAUGACGUGCCUAAGACACCUGCUAACGCACCUUCCUCAUUCCCACUCUGGAUUGCUGAAUUUAGGCUUGUGUUCAUUUUUGCGUGCUCUGAGAUUCAGCUUCAUUCUAAGCAAAUCUGUGUCUACUUUAAAAGACUGGAAGUACAAAACUAACUCUUUGCCAAAUCCUUCAGAAAUUACUGUAUUUAUAUAUGGUUUAAAAGGAAACACCAUAAAAGCUUUAUGAUUAAACUGGCAUACUCCCCAUUG